UUAUGUUAUUUUUCUGCUGGUGGAGUAUAAAAGGGGUAGUUUUGUAAGCCGAUGUAUCACUUCAUCUUGAAGCAUCGUCGGGAAUAGUUCCAAAAGGAGCCUAAAGACAAGACAAGAUGCGUGCCGCUAUCCUCGUAUGUCUGUUCAGCAUCAUCCUGUGUCUGGUGCAGCUCUCCACCGCCACCUACAGGACCAAGACGCCGUUCAACGGAUCUAUGUUCGGGAAGCGAGGCGCUACGGCUACUGUUGAUGCGGACACAACAGUCAAGAAUAUAUGGGCGCUGUGCGAGAUAGCUUCUGAGAGCUGCCAGACGUGGUUCAUGCAAGCUACUGAAAAUAAGUAGGAGAGAAGAAUCUAUCUUCAUACAAGCAAAAAACGUUGUGGAAAUAUGUAGCUUUACCUUAAUUUUAGCUAGCUUUUAUACUUAAUCUUUCUUUAAAUGAAAUUAUAAACGUUUUUGAGCAA